UUCCUCCCUCAUUGCUGCUUUGUGGAGGUUCUGCGUGCGCCAUCCUUCCAUCUGCCGGCUGCCGCCACCGCCAUCACCAAAUUCUUUCAAGGGCCAAUGAGGGCUGUAGGCAGUUGCUGAUUCCCUAAACCACCGUCGCCUAAUUCGUCAACCACUGGAACGAAGGCCUCUUUUUUUUUUGUGGAAAGGCACAUAUUUUAUAUACAACUUGGGACGGAAACGCGCUCGGGGAUCUCCUCCCAGCUUUUCAUUCUUCUUGAGUAGAGUCGAAACGAUUCGCUCUCGCUUAAUCCGACAACCCCCCAGUCAUUUUUAGGAAAGAAGAGGAAAUCAGAAAAAAUGUCCAACAAGGAAGAGAAUGAGAGCGCCGAGGUCUACCAGACCGAGAGCCGAGUUGAGCAGCCCGUCGCGCCUGCGGCUGCGCCCAAGAAGAGAGGGUUUUUGGGCCAUUUGAAGCGCUUCUGGUGGGCAUAUCUGCUCCUCCUGAUAUGCAUAGUUGUUCUGGUGGUCUGCCUCGUCAUCUUCGUUGGAGUUCCCAAGAUCGCCCAGCAAAAGGUCAACGACGCCAAGCUGGAAAUCCAGGGCGUCAACGUCAUCAACACCAAGCCUGAUAGCAUCACCCUGCAAAUCAACUCCACCAUCACCACCGAUGGCUCCAUCAAGGCCAACAUCGACGGCUUUGACGGUGUCAUGUACCUCGAGGAUCUCCCUGGCCAGACUCCUUUCCUCAACAUCUCCUUCCCCAAGACAAACGGCGACAAGCACCAGCUCGUCAACAUCAGCCAGGAUAUCACCAUUGGAGAUCAUGACGCCUUCAACACCUUCAACAUUUGGUUCGCCGCUAACGAGACUCUCAACGUCACCGUGUACGGAAAGACAAAGGUCAAGCCGUCUGGCCUGUCCACCAAGUUCGACGUUACCUUCAAGAAGACCAUCAACAUGAAGGGUCUGAAUCUGUUCAACGGCACCACGGUUAAUGGCGGAAAGAUCGACAUCACCGCCAAGAAGGGUCAGCCGAAUUUCAAGGCUACCGCCGAUAUCCCCAAUGCUUCUUAUUUCACUCUUGACAUUGGCAACGCCACCUUUACCAACUUUAUUGACAACACCAACAUUGGUAAUCUCACCAUCCCCAACCUUCUCCUUGUCCCUGGCAGCAACAAGGUCCCCAUCACCGCCGACCUCGACCAGCUUUCUGUUCUUCAGGAAGUUCAAAGUGCCAAGUACUGCAAGACUGGAAUCAUCCCCGUCAAGCUCCGAGGCUCCGCUGUUGUCCGCGAUGGCCAGACACUCCAGUACUUCCUUGACGGCUUGUCUGCCAACAACGAGACUGUCCCCAUGGACAUUGGCAGCAUUAUCAAGAACUCGCUAGGCACUACUGUCAGCUGCCCCAAGUCUAGCUAAAACUGAGAAUUCCAAAAAAAAUUUCAGUGCCAGUGGUUGAGUUGAGCGGAUUGCUCAAACACACAACUUAUUCACGACAUCCUUUUAUUCUAUAUUAUAAUUGUGCCUAGAGAUGGUGUCUGGUGGAAGGAACGGAGGGGAUUUUGGUUUCAAUUUUUGUCGGUACAAAAAUAUUUCUUCUUUUACUGUGGAUGAUGUUUGCUAUUGCGUGUCCUCGGUGCUGGGUUGCAUAUACCACUUCACUCUCUGAGUGAUUAUUUUAAGGAAUGGGAACGAACAAGAAGACGUGUUAUGAAGUCCUCAGCCGCAACGCAUUUGAUUCAUGAUACCUCGAUGUAGAUGUUUGUAUUACGGUAGUGUAGGGCCGCCCAUGGCCACGCAAUUUAUUAAUAAGGGGUUUAUCCAGCCCUAGUAUGUCUGUAUAAUCUGCCAAGCAGGUUAUAUGCUUUUGCUUUAGUUGUUCAAUAAAUUCCUUGCAUCC